UGUCCUCAUUGUAUGACGAUGCCCACUGGCCAGACAGCGUCGACCGUCUGGUCCGCCAGGCUCUUGCCGACAUGUCCCAGGACCGGAGCAGCUCGUUUUCGGACUGUAUUGAAUGGCUCAAUAACAGGAGCCAGGAAGGAGAUUUGUCCCUCACGGAUUUCUGGGGUGUGGUCGUAUGCUACAUCAAGGGUGUACAAUUGGAGAAGAGGACGCUAGCCAAGGAGGGCCAACGAGACAAAGAUGGUGCCACUCCUUACCCACUCUACAGUGCCGUGGAGAGGGCCUUGCUGGAUAAGAACGCAGAGGAAGAGCCGUGGUUUGAGGUGAGUACUCAUCAGGCGGGAUUCACAGAGCCUGGAGCUUUUGUUGAGACCGCCCUGCUGAAGCAGCCAUUUCAGGGAGGGAAGGUGCAAAUGGAUUCACGCAGGAAGCCAAUGGAUAUGGUUCAGCUACAAGGAAUUUGUGGAAGUGCUUUUGGGGACAGCCAAAUCAAUAUCAAAUACAUAUGGGGCCUCAUUAAGAAUUGGUUCCAUGAACACUGGCCUGUUGCAGACCACGACCACAACCCAUUUUAUGGGCCAGUUUUCAAGUUGCUUGACGACUUUGGAGACAUGGAGAGAAGUUAUGACGAUUUGCAAGAGCUGAAAAUUGAACUUCAUGAUUUCUGUGGGUCGCACAUACACAGUGACGCCUUGACUACGUUGGUUCGCAAGACAUGGUACAAAAUGACGGAAGUGCAAAAAAGGAAAUAUAUAACCACGAUCUUGGAUGAACUCAACCAAUCACUAAACCCCUCACUGAAGAUGAAACUGAAAGCAACUUAUUCCGUAUCAUGGUGGGAUGCUUCGAAACUCCUGAUGAAGGCUUUGAGUUUAGUUUACAACUGGGACUUUGGGGAAAUGCCUAAUAUCCUGUACAAGUUGAGAGAUCGCCGGGUCCCACUGGGCAUGUGUGAGAAGGACAUCAUGCAUGUGAUAGAUGCAGGACUCUACCUGAACUCUCCCUACCCGCCCCUGCUGGGAAAGAAAAGGGACAUCGACCUCAUCAUCUCCUUUGACUUCUCUGAGGGUGAUCCCUUCGAGACAGUUAAGAAGGCCCAUCAGUAUGCUGAAAGAUGCAAGGUGCCUUUCCCCGAAAUAAACUUGGAUGGCACCGAUGACGAUUGCCCAAAGUCCCUCUACAUUUUUGAGGGAAGAGACAAGCUAACUGUUAUCCACAUUCCCCUCUUCAACAUAGACAAUUGCAAAGGCCAUUCAUCAUGAGUGUGCCCAUGGAUGUUGAGAGUUUUAGCGGUUCCAGCUCUUUUGCAUCCGACACCAGCCUUAUCUGUGGAUCGUCCCCCAGUCCGGUAAGAUCCCAAUGAUCUCAGGUUACAUCACUGAUGAUGUGUUCAGAAGCAUCCUAGAGAUGUAUUCUACCAAUUUCAUUGAAGACUCUAACUUGCAGCAGCUAUGUAACACAUUUUUGUGAUGGAAAUACCAAGCAGUUUUAAUGUAAAUGGACUGAGUUUCAAUAAGCCUAGAGGGCCAUCUAAAACACAUUACAUUAACCCACAACUGUGCCCUAACCCAUUCUGUCAUGGAGGCCACCUUGCAACCUGUAGUUUUAUAUUUUCCAUUACGUAAUACUAAUGGUUGAGCUGGCCUAGCCCAGACUGCUAGUGAUGUUGGCUAUGAUUAUGUCCUCUUUUGAAAGUCGCUUUAGUUAUAAAUGCAAUGCAAUGCGAUACAAUGUAA